GUGGACUGAAGUUAUUGGUGAUUGAAGAUGGGGUCUUCCAUGGCUGCUGCUGGUAAAAACCACGACCGCAGUUCAAUCGAGGUUUUUCAACGAGAUAAAUCAGUAGUAGUUGAAGAAGAAGAAGAAGAAGAAGCUUCUAUUGGCGGAAAUGGAGAUUUGCGAAGCAAGGAGGGGAUGUUCAGUAAACGGAAGGUAGAUUUUGGUGAAUCCGCCGGCACUAGCAAAUGUCAGACUCGUCUAGGAUCUUCUAGAUUUGCACAAAGGAACGCGGAAUUGGGAGUAUUGUCAACUGAUGAUGAGUUUCGGAUGAGUGAUGCGGGAGAAGGCAGCUGGUUCAAGCCUAUCACCCAUUGGAGAGGUUCAUUUCGCGGAAGGAGAAGUAGCCGCAACUCGUGUGAGAGGAAAUCUUCAGUAGCUUACUCGGAGUCAUCUGUACGGACAUCAGAGUCGUCUAAAUACGGAAGCAUGCCUCAAUCGCCUUCUUACUUGCCGUAUAAUGAGGAAGUGAAGGAUGUUCUGGCGACGCUUAAACAGACAUUUGUGGUGUCUGAUGCAACUAAGCCCGAUUGUCCCAUUGUCUAUUCUAGCGAUGGCUUCUUUACCAUGACCGGUUAUUCUUCAAAUGAGGUUAUUGGAAAUAAUUGUCGCUUUCUACAAGGCGCUGAUACCGACCAGAAGGAAGUUGAUAAAAUACGGGUGGCAGUAAAAACAGGGAAGAGCUACUGCGGGAGGCUGUUGAACUACAAGAAGGACGGGACUCCUUUUUGGAAUUUGCUAACAAUAACUCCCAUUAAAGACGACAAUGGAAACUUAAUCAAAUUUAUUGGAAUGCAGGUUGAAGUAACCAAAUACACUGAAGGAGUUGUUGACAAGGCAUUGCGACCUAAUGGAUUGCCUCAGUCAUUGAUUCGCUAUGAUGAUCGCCAGAAGAUAAAUGCAUUAGGUUCGCUAACAGAAGUCGUACAGACGGUAAAGAAUCGACUACCACAGGCACAACCAAUGAGUAAAGAUUCCAUGAAAAUGGAUUUUAUGGUUCCUACAAUGGCUGAAACUGAACUAAUGAGUAAACAUAGUUCACUAACCCUUCAGCGGGACCCCAAGGGCAGUUUAUCUCUACAGGACUCUGCAAAAAGAUCUAGAGAAACGAGACACAUCUCUUUAAUGGGGUUAGAAAGAUGGUCUUCCAGCAGUGUAGGACAGAAUGAAAGCAGAAAAUUUGCGGAGCCUGAAAUUUUGAUGGCAGGUGAGACUGAACGAUCUGACAGUUGGGAACAUGCUGAAAGAGAAAGGGAUAUACGCCAAGGAAUUGACCUUGCAACCUCACUGGAGCGUAUUGAAAAGAAUUUCGUGAUUUCAGAUCCUAGGCUUCCUGAUAAUCCAGUUAUAUUUGCUUCGGAUAGUUUUCUUGAACUGACAGAGUAUAGACGUGAAGAAAUCCUGGGAAGAAACUGCCGGUUUCUUCAGGGGCCUGAAACCGAUCAAGCAACUGUUCAGAAAAUAAGAGAUGCCAUCAAAGAAGAAAGAGAAAUCACAGUCCAGUUGAUUAAUUAUACCAAGAGUGGGAAAAGGUUCUGGAAUAUGUUUCACUUGCAACCUAUGCAUGAUCAGAAGGGGAACCUGCAAUACUUCAUCGGUGUUCAGUUAGAUGGAAGUGAUCAUGUAGCACCACUUAGGGAUCGCCUCUCAGAUCAAUCACAACAAAAAAGUGCUAUCUUGGUUAAAGCUACUGCAGAAGAUGUUGAUGAAGCUGUGAGAGAGCUUCCUGAUGCCAACUUGGUAAGAGACCUGAGGACUUAUGGGCCCUGCACUCUCAACCCGUCUUUCCUAGGCCUCAUAGAAAGAACACUACUUCAUGGACAACGAUGCAAAAGAUCACUGCCAAUGGUCAAACAAUUGGCCUUAAAAAUUUCAAACCUGUGAGGCCAUUGGGAUGUGGAGAUACUGGGAGUGUGUAUUUGGUGGAGCUAAAAGGCACAGGCGAACUCUAUGCUAUGAAGACUAUGGAUAAAUCUGUAAUGCUCAACCGCAACAAGGUUCACCGAGCAUGCAUUGAAAGAGAAAUCAUCUCACUCCUUGACCAUCCUUUCCUUCCAACAUUGUACUGUUCUUUUCAGACAUCUACACAUAUAUGCUUGAUAACUGACUAUUGUCCUGGUGGAGAGCUAUUUGGAUUGCUUGAGAAACAGCCUAUGAAAAUGUUUAAAGAGGAUUCAGCAAGGUUCUAUGCUGCAGAGGUUGUAAUUGGUUUGGAAUACCUUCACUAUUUAGGAAUCGUGUACAGGGAUUUAAAACCAGAAAACAUCCUACUUCAGGCUGAUGGGCAUAUUGUACUAACUGACUUUGAUUUAUCCUUCAAGACCACUUGUAAACCCGAAGUGAUAGAGCGCUCUCAUAGCAGAAUUAGAGGCCCAUUUAGGAGCACUCCCGUACCAACAUUUGUUGCAGAACCAACUUCUCAGUCAAAUUCAUUUGUCGGAACUGAAGAGUACAUUGCUCCCGAAAUUAUAACAGGCGGUGGACACAGCAGUGCUAUUGAUUGGUGGGCUCUUGGUAUUUUGCUCUAUGAAAUGCUUUUUGGACGCACACCAUUCAGAGGAAAGAAUAGACAAAAGACAUUCGCCAACAUCUUAAACAAAGAUCCCACUUUCCCAAGUAGAAUUCAGUUGAGCCUGCCAGCAAGGCAGUUAAUUCAAGCACUGUUAAAUAAAGAUCCUGCCCGCCGCCUGGGAUCAAAUGGCGGUGCAAACGAGAUCAAAGAGCAUCCAUUCUUUAGGGGAAUAAACUGGCCUCUGCUCCGAUGGAUGAGUCCACCUCUACUGGAAUCACCUCUUCAGUUAAUGGGAGAAGAAACAAACUCCAAUGAAGUAGACUGUGAUGAUGAGAGUGCGUUUGUCCAUUCAAUGGACUUCUUCUAGCGGUCUGUAGUUCUCUACUCAUGUUUAUUAACAUCUCAUCUGCAACUUCCAUAAACAAUGUGGCUGAUUUUGCAUACCCCACCCUCCAAAUCCUUCAAUCCAGCAGAACAGGACUGGAGAUGUAUGUGUUGGGUGUGUUUCUGAAAAUAAAGAAAAUUAAUUAAAUAAAUUAAUCAAAUAAAAUGACUAGAGAAAAACAAGAAAGGAGAUGAAUCAGAAUUAGUCAAAGCUCGUGAUACGCACGAUGUCCUUAAAACGUAUUUGUUGCCUCCCACGGUGCUAGGAGCGUUGCAACAAUCGUUUCCCAGGAUACGAUGACUACGAACUAAUGUUUGAGCACACAAACAAAAGUUCCAGCGAACGAGAACACAGUAUGAACACUGAGGAAUUUUUCAGAAUGCUAGCAGUGUGUUUUUAGAGCUAAAACGUGUAUGGAUUCGUGUAAGAACCUGUGUUGUUGCAAACCACCUGCCAGCCUUUAUAUAAGAGGAUUUGUUGUGUGUAAAUGGUGAAUUAAUGGACCUGAACGUUGGACAUCAAUGACCAGUCCGUUGGGCAUUGAAUCGUCCAUGAACUGUCCAUUUAACGCUGCAUUAAAAGAUAUAAACGUUGGGCAUUAAUUGUUGUAACGUUUCAGAAGCGCGACAGAAGACCUCCAUCAGAACACCCCGGGAGGGGUUCUGAUCGGAGGCAAAUCAGAAGACCCCAACUCUGAUCCGCGGCCAUCAGAGUACCCCCAACUCUGAUAGGCGGCCAUCAGAAUACCCCAUCUCUGAUGGGCGGCCAUCAGAAUACCCCAUCUCUGAUGGGCGGCCAUCAGAAUACCCCAUGAGGGGUUCUGCCAUCAGAAGACCAACAAGGUGUUCUGAUCCGUAGACUUCUGUCCGAGCACUUCUGCCGCUGGGAAAAAAUUAAACGUUUCGGGAAGAAAACAAAAAUUAAUCGUAUCUCUUGAGAGAUAGAUUUUUGGACGACAUUCGUGUCCGCAGGUCGCCCGCGCACGCAAGUCGCAGUUUUUCUUCUCCGAUUUCGGGAUUUGAUUUGCACCCCCCCUGCGCGCGUGGAGAGAGCCUUUACCCUUAGGAAUCUUAACUCCAUAAGGGGAGAGUCCCUUUAUAAAGGGUUGCAAAUCCCUUGGGUUUUCCGGUGUGGGAAAUUAACACACUAGAAACCCAUCCUUUUUCCCAGUUUUUCCAUUCUAACGGGUAAACUUCGAAAAGCGAUUUCUCAUUCACCCGUUAUCCGUUUUGAGCGUACCAUAUAUCGAAUUGUAGCCCUUAACAAGGAGAAUCCGAAACCACUUUGACCCGACCCAAAUCGGAAGUGGACCCCACUCAAAAAAUUGCCCCAAAAUAGCCAUUUAAUGCAAUUUUUCACACAUUUUUUCCAACAGUAUGGACUCAAUUUCCUGUUAAGUCAUUGGUAUUAAUUUGCAUACUCUACUCUUCUUAUCAAUCAAUCCCAACUGUUGGUCAUGUUCCAUGAUCUGCAUGUUGGUGUUUGCUAUAUUGGACAUGAGUACAUGAUCAUAACACAUAUUUCAACUCACCUUGUUUUGUUUCAUGACAUUUCCCAUUCAUGUUAAAAUAACCUAUGAUGGUGACAGUUUUGGAGUUUGCAUCUCAUUGUUCUUUUCAUGAAGGUUCAGGAGGAAGGGCAUGCAGCACAUAAUAUUGCCAUUGUUUGCAUAAACUUAUAGUGUUAAUUAGUUUUAUUAAUUAAUGGGCACUAUACAUUUAAUGCAAGUAUGCAACCGGUCCCAACUAGUUGGGAUUAGGGUGAUGAUGAUGAUGAUCCAACAAUGCAUUCCAGGAAAGCCAGUCAUAGACUUAGUUGUAUGUAUGAGCUAUGUACGGAACGAAGGGGAAAGUCAUUAGAAGAAGCAGAGCCAUUUACAUUUCUAGAGAACAUCUUGUGGAAAUGGUAAUUUGUACUCCCAUAUCAGUUUGGACUUUGGAGAACUUGAGGGAAAGAUGUAAAUUGUAAAAUAGCCGCUAGCCAGCAAUAGAACAUUAAAACACUAAUAAUUGAUAUGUUUCGGGGAAGAGGCUGAUCACCAAUUCAUCCUCAAGCAAUGCCCUAGUCUUGAUGUUUUUACUUGUUUCAGUUUCAAGCCACACUUAUGUAAUUGAUCGAUUCUGCUUCUCUUAAAAAAACAAAAGUGGAAUCAGAUUCUCAGGAGUGGUCUCCUCCAACUUCGGAAUCACAUAGAAGUAUUUCCAUUCUGACGG